CGGGACGUUACCCAGGACUUAUGUCCCAUCUCUGAUGCACUUCUUUGUUUACCCGCAUCUAUCCGUGCAACCAGCAACCAUCGCAUUGCUUCAGACUCGAUAAACAUCCUUACUCCUCCUCAUACGACUACGACCGCAUCCUCACACAAUUAACAGUCGGCCCGCCGCCUGCGCACUCCUGAUCGCAACCUUUGCACAUCCCGCCUCGUCAAUGCGAGACGAUCUGCGGCCCAUGACUACCACGGAUCACGACGUCUCCUAUUAAACGAUCUCCAUUCGCCCAACGAAAAAUCCACUCACCGACUAGUCACUCCAAAAGAUUGGAAUAACGAUUUCUAUACUGCAUUGAAGAGGAGGUACAAAUUCACACAACCAUGGCUAACGUCAGCGUGGGCGACACGGUCAUGGUCCCCGGCGACAUGCACGGGGUCGUCAAGUUCAUUGGCCCCGUCUCCGGCAAGAAGGGCAUUUUCGCAGGUGUCCAGCUCUCGAACGAAUACGCACCCAGGGGCAAGAACUCGGGCGAAGUCGAUGGGAAAUAUUACUUCAAAACCACAAUACCUGGCUCGGGGAUUUUCCUGCCGCUGGAAAAAGCCGUCAAGAAGACCGGCGUCGGUCUGGGUGUCCGCGCGAGUCCAGGGCCGGGGACGCCGACACCCACGAGGCUGAGCAGUUUCAACCAGGGUGGCCGGACACACGGGACGGGCAUCGCGAAGCCGAAUUUCAGUCAGUCAGUCGGGCCCGGGCUCAGGGCCGGCGCAGCGAGUCCCGCGCUCAAACCGCCCUUGAGACGAGAGAGCUUGCCGCGUCCGGCGAGUCCACUGCGCAAGACGGCCACGCCGACCGCGGGGAAGGCGUUGACGACGCCCAAGACGAGACCCAGUGGGAUCGGCAUGGCCAAGAGCACGAAUGGGCAAUACAGGCCGGGUCAGCGGCCCACAACGAGUUUCGGUCAGAGCUUAAGACAAAGUACGGCAACCCCAAGUGCAGGAAGUGGUGCGAGUCCGUCGCUAGGGCCCGAGACGAGUUUCGAUGAAACUGCAGAGGACGCGGAGAGUACGCCGACGCCGACGCCGCAUGUCAGUAGAAGUGCGAAUGUUGAGCAGUAUGAGACCAAGAUCAGGGACUUGAGUGACGAGUUGAACGACGCGAGACGGCAACUACGUGAUCAGGGCGCAAACUUUGCCGAGGUGGAAAGGAAUUUCAGCGAGCUGCAGAAGAUACUACCAAGCCUGGAGGCGGGAAGUAAGCGCUCCGGCGACGAUGAGGACGAUGAUUUACCGCGCGAUGUCGUGGCGCUCAGGGAGAUCGUCAGGGAGAAGAAUGAGAAAAUCAAGCUGCUUACGGCCGAGUUCGAUGCCAAUCGAGCGGAUUUCAGGUCGACCAUUGAUACGUUGGAAAUGGCGAGUACGGAGACGGAAAGGGUGUACGAGAAGCGGGUUGAUGAACUGCUUGAGGAAGUGAGAAACUUGCAGGAUCGGAGUGAGGAUGUCGAGUCCGUGGCCCAGCAGCUUAAGCAGCUUGAGGAACUUGUGCAGGAGCUCGAGGAGGGUCUCGAGGAUGCAAGACGAGGCGAGGCCGAGGCUCGUGGGGAAGUCGAGUUCCUCCGUGGCGAGGUCGAGAGGUCGAGAAGCGAGCUGCGCAGAGAGAGGGAGCGGUUAAAAACCGAGGACCAGCUGAAUGGAUAUUCGGCUGGGGAUGUGGACGAGUUGAAAACCCAACUGGGCGCGAAGGAUGAUGAGAUUAGAGGGCUGAAGGCGAUCAUUCAGACUUUGAAUGAAAGCCAGCAGUCGCCGAAGUUGAAUGGAAAUGUCUCGAAGCCGAACGGACUUGCGAGGAAAUUGAAGGAGGACCUUGAGCAUGGCGACGAAGAGAAUCGAUUGAGUCUACGACAGCAGAUCCACGAUCUUGAGGCCCUGUUGCAGCAGAAAAGUGCGCAUGAGGAGGAACUCGCCAACGAAGUGAUGCAUUUGCGGAACAGCGUUGCGCUCUCCAAGUUCCCAAUGCCAGGCGCCGCGUUUGGUCUGCACACGGCGAUCAGGUCUCCUGGCGGUCAUUCUCGGGGCAAUAGUGAGGAGCUGGAUCGGAAGCACCUCAGUACUGGAACCACGGGCAGUCAGCGGACUGUUGUGCUUGGACGUGGCUCGGGUCCAGAGGGCAAUGCACGUGAAUGGCAGGACCCUAACCGUCGAAGCGCAUCUCCCACAAAGCAUCAUGAGCACAUGGACGAUGGCGUGACUGAUGUUUCGAGCACAGGUGCGCCAUUGUGGUGCGAAAUCUGUGAGGAGAGCGGCCAUGAUAUCCUGACAUGCUCGAAUAUGUUCGGCCCAGGGAAGAGCAAUGAUCAGGGCAGUCUGGGCAAGAGAAGCGGCAAAGACGUCGUUCGCGAAGGACUCCGGCGUAGCGGAGAUCAGAGCCAAAUAUUGUCAGGUGCCGACUCGGACAGACCUGCACCUUUGGUCAGUCGGAAAGGUAACAACACAGUACCGGGUACGAAUGCGCCAACACUGCCGUCAGCCCCAGUCGAAGAGGAGGAUAGACCGCCUACGCCGCCUGCCAAGGAUAAUCCCACACCCACCUCAACACCGUCAAAGGUGCCAGCAAUGGUUGAAGGGACAGGCAUCCAGGCGGGUAUGCUCGCUGGCCGGACUAGCGGUGUGAUCGACCCGGAGAAAUGGUGCGCAUUGUGCGAAAGGGAUGGACAUGAUUCGGUUGAUUGUCCACUCGAAGAUGCUUUCUAGUGGGGAGCAUGGUAGGAUUGUCGAUGUCGGUCUUUCUGAACCAAGGGAAAAAGCAAGCAUGGCGUUCUGCUUUUGUUUCUUGCUUCUUUCAGCUGUGGUUGUGAUGGUCAUUUGUUGCUGGAUAUGUUUUCAUAUUGAGCGUUCAGGAUGCGUCGAUACAGUCAAGGCAGAUGAUUGUCCAUUGAUGACGGCUAGCUCUGUGGAUACGGUCUUUGUGGAUACAAUAUUUCUCUUCUGCUAAUGUAUAAUCUUUGAACUGGGUUGUGGUUUCAGAUGCG